AUGCCAAAUCUAGCCCAAUUACCACCCGAAAUCCACGCAAAAAUCAUCAAUGAACUCGCGAAAAAGGACAUUCUCCCCGUUUUUCUGCUCGCCAGAAGUUGCAAAACCUUGUGGAAAUCCGUGCAGGAUACCCGGAAAAACCUCGACAGUUUUUACGUAGAAAUCCACGGCGACGGCGCGUUCCAAGUAGCCGAACUGAACGAUUGGCGCAGUACGUGGAAGUACAAUAUACGCAGCCCCUCCGUGCAACGACUACUUUUCACGGACGCGGUCGUACGCUCGAUUACAGUACCAAGGGCAGAUUUUAAACUUCAUGGGCUGAAGGCUCGGCUUCUGGAGAUCACCUGUCGAUUGGACGAUGUCGCAGAAUUUUGUGAAGCAAUGCGUCCGGUGGAAGGAUUCCUACGGUUGAGGUUCAAAAACCUGCGUCCAACCCCAGAAAAUACCUUGUACGCCCAAACAUUGCACGACGGGAUUCUGGAUGUUUGGGAAGUUGACGACCUUUUGAACUGCUUGAAGUUCAGGAAUUCCAGAAUGAUGCUUGCCAUCGAAAUUGGGGCGGUCGACCAGGCGGAACCUUUCGUCCGGCAGCUCCUAGCGGAAUGGCUGGCUGGGGAUCGUGAGAUAAUUUCCGUCACCAUACGCGUCCCACGCUUCCGAUACGCCUGGGCGGAAAUGCGUGAUGUUCGAGAGCGGUCCGACGGCCUCAAAUUGGAUGUAAAGGUGUCUUCCUCAUUUUCCCCCCACUUCGAGCUGCGUGCAAUAAAU